AUGACUAAAUAUUAUCUGGUAAUAAGAUUUUCAUCUGGUACCGAUCGUGAUUUAAAAUUGGAUAUAACCAAUGUUCCGUUACACAAUAUUACAUUACCAUGGUUGAGAAGAAUGUGUAGAGAUCUUCAUCCACAAUCUGAUAACAACAGAGUUGACUUAAACAAAUGCAGGUUAAAAUUUAUUCGAAACGGCAGAUUACUAACUAUUCUUAAUUGGCAUGAAAUAGAGAUAGAAUUAUCUCAGUUUAGACAUCAGCAACAAGAUGGAAACUCUAACUCUAAUACCAAGAAUAACAAUGACAACAAUACAAAGGAAUAUUUUAUACAUUGCUUACUUGGUCCUGAAGAACCAAUUCCAAUAAAUCCAUCAACAGAGGACCAAGAUACUAUUGAGAAUAACAACAAUAACAAUCAUAAUGAUAACACUAAUCCUGUAAUUGGGUUUGAUAGAUUGAGGGCUUUCGGAUUCAAUGAUGAGGAAAUUCAAUUAUUAAGAACACAAUUUCAAAACAGGGCACGUAGAAUGUAUGGUGAUGAUCGUAGAGUUGGUAGCGAAAACGAUAAUGAGGACGAUGAGGAUGACGUCUAUGAUGAAGAUGAGGAGGGACAUGACACCAGAGCUAAUAACAACAACAAUUCCACAGAUCUGCGCGAAUUAGAAGAGAGAUGGAUGGAAAAUACUGUGACUGAUGAUGCCAAUCAAGAAAUCUUAUCAACAAGUAAUUGGAACACUAAUUUAUCUAUAUUAACUGGACUUACAAUUGGGUUUUUGCUUGGUAUCUUUGGUAUUUUACUAUUACUAAUUUGUGAUACUAGUGGUACUAACGGUUUAUUAAAUCCUAUAAGCGGGAGAAGAAAUUUGAAUAGGACAGUCAAGUUUUCUAUAGUUGCUGGAUUUAUAAGUAAUUUAAUAUUUGGACUAGGUGCGAAAUUAUAG